AUCAGUCAGGUGAUAUACAGUUACUUUGCGGUUCUGCGCAUGCGCGUGGGUUUAGGGUUUAGUUUACAAUGUAUUGAAACUGAGCUUCAGUCUAUGAGUGAAACCAGCUUCUGAGCUUCGGUAUCAUCCGUGUCAUUUCUGCUGUUGAGACGAAGUUAGCUACUGCUACUGCAUCAUCUACCCAUCAUCAUCCCCGACAUCAUUGGACAGAAAAUUUAAUUGUAUCAGUUAACGCAGCCAUGAGGAAUCUUUGGACCAAAGUAGGUGUUUUCAGUUCGGUGUCAUUGGCUUUUGGUUCAAUGCUGUGGUCGCAGAAGACUGAAUCAGAUCCAGUUGCUUCCAGUUGCUCCUCUGCUGACACAAAUCUCAGUUCUCCCUACGAACUAAAAUUGGUCCAAGUCCUGUUCCGACAUGGUGCCCGAACGCCACUAAAGUCAAUACCUUAUGUGAUGGAGGUCCAAUGGGUGCCAACACUCUUGGAGCCUCCACCACACACCAACAUCAACUAUGUAGUGACAGAUCUUCAUGGUGGCCCCAGGCCCCCAGCUCCUGUAGAAGACAGCUAUCGGAGAAACAUACUGACCGGUGGCACGUUCCCCGGUCAGCUGACCACAGUGGGCAUGCAGCAGCUGUAUGAGCUGGGCAAGAGGCUGAGGAGGAGAUACACUGAGGAGAGUCAUUUCCUCAGCUCCACCUUUAGCCCAGCCGAGGUCUAUGUGCGCUCCACUAACAUUGUGAGGACCAUUGAAUCUGCCAAGUGCCUGGUAGCAGGGCUCUUCCAGCAAAAACAAAAAGAAAUUGUGCCUAUAUUAACAACCGAGGCAGAAUCUGAAAUCCUGUAUCCUAACUACCAUGGAUGCAAGCUGCUCAAAAUCCUUGGCAGCCACCGCUGGGCAGAGUCGUCCACUCUACCAGACAUUGCAGCAGACCUGCAGAGCAUCCAGAACGCAUUGGGCAUUGCUGCUCACCAGCAUAUCGACUUCAUCCUCAUUAGGGACGACAUGGUUGCCAGAGAGACACACGGCCUGCCCUGCCCACCUGUGCUGGACACCUGGAGGAAUAAAGUAGAACAGAGAGCUGUGGAUAUGAUCUGCCAUGUUUACCAGCCCAGCCAAAGGGAGAACUUGCAGCUGUGUGUGGGACCCCUCCUGCACACAUUGUUAGCCAACAUUGAGGAGAAACUACAGGGCACCUCAUCAGAGCCAAACAGGAAGUUGUUUCUGUACUCUGCACACGACACCACUUUGAUUCCCUGUCUGAUGGCUUUGGGGAUAUUUGACAUGAGAUGGCCACCAUAUGCCGCUGAUAUCACUCUGGAGCUGCACCAACACCGGCAGACCAACAAGGCCUUCGUUAAAGUGUCAUACACAGGCCAGGAUCAACUUAUACCAGGUUGUAGUGGAGUCUACUGCCCCCUGGAGGAGUUCAAACAGGCCCUCUCAGCAUACUCACUGAGCUCUGAACUCUACCAGUCACUUUGUAACCGCACAGAGGGCUUGACUGAACCCUGAACCCUCAACAAACCUUCACAUCUCAGCACAGUGCUACCCAUGACAUUACACUCUGACAGUUACCACGCAUCGUGUUUAUUUUUCGUCCUCACUCCAUCCAGCCACCAUCAGUCAUUAUACCUCACUAUUGGUUUACACCAGAGGAAAAUUUCUUGGGCACACAAGUCCUGGAUUACAGCCUCUGUUGGAGAUCUUUUAGUUUACAGCAGAUGUAACUUAAUGGUUAUGGCACAUUGACAAGUAUAUGUGCAGAGCUAUAGAGUGUAUACUUGAUAUGAAAUGCUUAGUGCAUAGGUGUCCGUUUGCAUGCACUGAAUCUGUUUGGUUUAAUGAUGAAGGCUGGCGUUAUUCCAUGUUUUUCUUAUUGUCAACAAAUCCCAUCUCUCAGUACCUUCAUAAAUCUUUAAAAACAGAUGACAAAUACAUAGUUUUUUUAUUUUUAAAAAGUCUAAGUAAUUUCCUAAAACAGCUGGACGCUAGUUUUAGCAAACUGUACUUGAACAGGAGUAAACUGUGUAUUUGUCGGGACUAUAUGCAGCUGCGGAUUAAUACAAAUUUGGUGUUAUAGUAUUUAAUGCACCAAGACAGUGUACGGUAUGUAUGAUUUACUUAAAAUAAGCUACAGUACCCAUGUUCAUUGCAAUGAAGGAAAAUGUCACCCAGUAAAAUGGUGUGGCUCCUGUAUGUUUUUAAUAGUUUUUAGACAACAAUGGAGGUCUAUGGCAGAGGAAUAAACUAUAUCAGGCUUUGCCUACACAGGUAAUACUUGUUAGUAGGAUAUAUUCAUUGUUGGUUUUGUUCUUUUUGGGAUUUGUUGAAAAGAAAAAUGCAAUAGUAGUAUUAGCCUUUUCAUUAUAAGUUAAAACCAUUGCUGCAAUUUAAUCUUAUACUAAAAUAUAGACAUCUUAAAGGUUGCUCAAUGUGGCGUCAUCAAUGCCUGUUUCUGAUUGCUGAUGCAAUUAUUCUGCCAAUUUGGUUGUGUUCACAAUCAAAUCUUUUAUGUUCAAUAAUUUCAUUCCUCAGGGGAAUACUAAGCAUUUCAUGUACUGUAUCUGUUUAUUAACAAAGGGGUGCAGAGUGGAUUGUGCUCCAGUGUGUAGGUGAAUGUAUUCAUAACCACGUAGAAGCUGCAGAAAGGGAAUCAUUCUGCUAAAGUAUGUUUUAAGAGUGAAACAUUAGGUUGCCUUCUUGUGGGGAUUUGUUUUUACUGAGACCACAGUAUAAUGUAUGCAUGAAUACAUGCCAUUAUAUAGACCUGAGUGUUACUGUGUUACAAUAACACACAUUGUACCUCAUCAGCGGGUGUUUCUCCGUGACCUGUUGCUUAGAAGGUUACGGUAUGGUUUGGAUUGGUGAGGCAUAAAUAAAGAUUUUGAUCAAUG